GGAAUGCUGUCGAGGUAUAUCACUUCCGGAGCAAGAACACUCGGUCGUACUGCGAUGUCAUCUCAAGUUAUACCCAAAAAAAUGCCUUUACUUAUCUCACCAAAGGAGCUCACUGAGCUCUUCCGCACCGCUGGCUCAGCUGAGGACAUUUCUGUCCUCGAUGCAAGCUGGCACAUGCCAAACUCACCUCUGAAUGCCAAAGAGGAGUUUUUGAAGAAACGUAUUCCAGGUGCACGUUACUUCGACUUGGAUGAUAUUGCCAGCCCCAAUGAGCUCGGACUGAAGCAUAUGAUGCCCACGGGAGAGAUCUUCGGAGCAGCACUGAGAAAGGCUGGGAUUAGCCCGUCCUCCCAUAUUAUCAUUUACGAUUCCGUGGGCAUCUUCUCAUCUCCCCGGGCCCUUUUCACUUUCAAGGCGUUAGGACACGACAAGGCCAGUGUACUUGAUGGAGGUCUCCCGGCAUGGGAGCUCGACGGCGGUUCCACCGAAACUGGACCUCUUUCCGAAGUGAGAGAAAGCACAUACCCUCCGCCGACCCUGAACGAGGAGGUCGUCAGGAGUUAUCAGCAAGUCGUGAACAACGCCUCGUCUAAUAUAACAGACUCUGCUGCAGAGCUUGUUCUCGACGCUCGGUCUCGCGGAAGGUAUCUCGGCUCAGACCCCGAACCACGAGCUGGUCUCUCCUCCGGCCACAUUCCCCACUCAUUCUCCCUGCCCUUCAACACAUUCCUUCGUACGAACAAAAUCCCCAACUCCGACAAGACCUACACCACUUUUCUUACCCCGACAGAAAUCAGAGAGAAGCUCGUAGAGACAGUAGGAGCCGAAAACGCAGAGCAAAUUCUGACGGGCAAGCGCAAGGUCAUCACCUCUUGCGGAAGCGGUAUGACCGCAGGUGUCUUGUGGCUCGGACUGAAACUUGCGAACGAGGCUACCCGCGUAUCCAUUUACGAUGAGUCUUGGACCGGUUACGCUUCCAGGAAGGAGAGCCCCAUCGUGAAAAGCGACGGAUGAACUCGCCCGGACUCUCUUAAAUUAUGCCAAUGUAUAGAAUGCGAAUAUACCGAAGACAUCAUCUAUCACAACUAUCUGUCAUACAACAAGCAAGCAAUGAAUACUCGUACAUACACAACCCCCGAUAUAAAAUGCAGCAGUGCUCGCGAACCCGGGGUCUUUCAUUGAGACAACGAUUUCUUGUCGGGUGCGUCACGUAUUGAUCGCAAACUUCCCAGCGUUUUGAGCGCCUUCAGACCCAC